AUUCGCCGAGGCUGAAAUCGAGAGGCGAACCCAGGGAAAGAGGAGUGUGAUUUCUACACGGGACUUUCCCCCUCUUAGUCCCCCGCAAAAGGAGGGGGAAAAGUCGCAAUAUUUUGGAAAAACCAGGAAGGAAUGAGCUUCUAAGGGGGCGUUUUGCAAGUGUGGAUACUUUAUAUAUAUUUUUAUUUCGGGAAAAAUAUGGCCGAGAACGUUCUGGACUCUGGCCCGCCUUCAGCCAAGAGGCCUAAACUCUCCCCGCUGUCCGCCUCCGAUGGGAACGAUUUCGGCUCACUGUUUGACUUGGAGCACGAUCUCCCAGACGAGCUCAUCAGCUCCAAUGACUCGGGUCUGGUUAACGGAGGAGACCUCAGCCAGCUGCACACCUCUCUGGGCGGAGGAGGACCUGCAGGUCUGGGUCCUGGAGGAGGAGGCGGCGCUGGAGGAAUGGGGCUCGGCCUCGGACUCGGAGGUCAGGAUGCGGUGGCAAAGCACAAACAGCUGUCAGAGCUUUUGCGAUCGGGGGCGCCCAACGCGACCCAGCAAGGGCACCAAGGAGCCAUGGGCAGCCCAGGAGGCUCCAGUGCUUUGGGGCAACACUUAGCGAACAUGAAAGCAUCUCCUGGUCCUCCUCAGAUGAUGGGCCAGCAGCACAUGUCCCCUCAGCAGCAGGCCAGCCUGAUGCAGCAACAGAACGCUGGCAUGAUGGGUGGCAUGAACAGGGCGAUGAUGGCAGCGCAGCAGAAAGGCAAUAACGGACAGCAGCAGCCAGGCAUGAUGGGGAGCCAGGUGAUGAACGGCUCCCCCAGGAUGGGCUUUGGGAGUCAGGGGAUGGGGGGCAGCAGCAACCUGUUGGCGGAGACCCUCCAGCAGCAGGGGGCCGGGGGCCAGGCUGGGAUGAGAGGCCAGCAGCCCGGAGCAAUGAACAAGAUGGGGAUGAUGGGGAACCCAGGCGGCCCGUUCGGAGGUCCGUAUGCAGGGAAUCAAGGUCUGGGCGGCGCAGGGCUGGGCCCUCAGCUCCAGAACAAAGGUCCCAACAGCCUGGCCCAGUUCAGUGUGGACAAGAAGAACCAACCCAUGCAAGGAAUGGCCGCCAUGGGCUCCCAGCAGUCGCAGCCCGGUGUUGUCGGCCCCUCUGGAGCUCCAGUAGGUGGAGGGUCUCCAGGGAUGGGACCCAACGCUCAGGCCUCUCUGGUGGCUUCGCAGGUUUCUGCAGCUUCCUCCGCUGCCGGAGCGCCGCCUACAGCCGACCCCGAGAAACGAAAGCUGAUCCAGCAGCAACUGGUCCUUCUUCUGCACGCACACAAGUGUCAGCGGCGGGAACAAGCUAACGGGGAAGUGAGGCAGUGCAACCUGCCACACUGCCGCACCAUGAAGAACGUCCUCAACCACAUGACGCACUGCCAGGCCGGCAAGUCCUGUCAGGUGGCGCACUGUGCAUCCUCGCGGCAGAUCAUCUCUCACUGGAAGAACUGCACGAGGCACGACUGUCCGGUCUGCCUGCCGCUGAAGAACGCCGGAGACAAGAGGAACCCCCAGUGUGAGUCUCUUCUUGGUGCAGCAGCUGCAGGUUUAGGCAGUUCUCUCGGGUCGUUACCGGGCGGACCACCAAGCGCCUCGAACCUAAACCCCCCGAGCCAGAUCGACCCCAGCUCCAUCGAGAGAGCCUACGCAGCGCUGGGCCUCACGUACCAGGGGAACCAGAUCCAGGUCCAGAGCGGACAGCCCAACAUGUCCAACACAUCGCUGCAGGGCCCGGCCGGCAUGAGGACUCUCAACACAAUGGGUGUGAAUCCUUUGGGAGUGAAUGGAGGCGUGGGAGCUUCAACUCAGAGCCAACAAUCCAGCCUGCUGCAGGACACCAUGAUGCACCUCAACGUCAACACACAAGGUCUGAUGAACGAUUCCAGUGGGGUCGGCUCGAUGCCAACAGCAGGUCCUCCAUCGUCGUCGGGAAUGAGGAAAAGCUGGCAUGAAGACAUCACACAAGACCUGAGAAACCACUUGGUGCACAAACUCGUUCAGGCCAUCUUCCCGACUCCAGAUCCCGCCGCUCUGAAGGAUCGACGAAUGGAGAACCUGGUGGCCUACGCCCGAAAAGUGGAGGGAGACAUGUACGAGUCGGCCAACAGUAGAGCGGAGUACUAUCACCUGCUGGCGGAGAAGAUCUAUAAGAUCCAGAAGGAGCUGGAGGAGAAGCGGCGGACGCGGCUCCAGAAGCAGGGCAUCGGCAUCGGCCUGGGUCCGCCCCCCGUUGGCCUGCCCCCAAACGGUCCGCUCCCUGACCCAUCAAUGGUUCGACCCCCUGGACCAAAUCAGAUGGUCAACAGAAUGCAAGUCCCAGGAAUGAAUCAGUUCAAUCAGAUGGGGAUGCAGUCGAUGGGCCAGAGGUCUCCUCUCCCCAUGGGAGCGUCUGGCAACCAGAUGGGAAUGGUGGGACCCAGGAUGGGGCAGCCGAAUGUGAACCAGCUGCAGAACCAGUAUCUGACCCAGGGUCAGUUUCCUGGAUCAGGACCAGGAGUCGGAGCAGCUCAGAGCGGGAUGGCUCAACCUGGAGCUCAGGCAGGGCUGGGACAGACGCAGAUGGGCACCCCCCCCUCUCUCCCGGUCUCGAGUCCUCUCGCUCAGCCCGGUUCAGUCGGGGGUCCCGGCAGCGUCUCCUCUGUGGGGCCUCUGGGUCCUCAGAGCGUCGGAGCGUCCUCCAUGACUCCAUCGAACUCAAACCAGCAGCCCAGCUCCAUCCCUCACCUGGCAGCCAUGCGCAGCUCGCCCUCCCCCGCCCACAGCCGCUCCCCCACUCCUCACCAGACCCCCCCCAGACACCCCGGGUCCCAGACGCCGCAGCCGCACACACCCAACGCACUGGGGCCCCCUUCAGCCCCUCCACAGAGCCAGGGCCCCGCCUCCAACAAGCCCCUCCAGCAGCAGCAGCAGCAGCAGCAGCAGCAGCACAUGGGCUCCUCGGGCUCCACCACUCCCUCUCAUCCGGGGUUAGGAUCCAGCUCAACGCCUCACGGGUCUCAGCUGCCACGCACUCCGUUGUCCCAGAAGGGUUCAUUCCACGCAGACAAUCAGGCGCUGACCCCGGCCUCCGUCAGCAGCUUGGACGCUUCCUCCCAGCAGCCGCAGUCCAACGCUUCCACCGCCAACCACGACUCCAAGAUGGAGAUCAAGCAGCAGCAGCAGGACGAGGAGGAGGAGGAGAGCGACAGUGGCAGCUGCUCCAAGGGAGGGAAGCUCAGCAACAUGAAAGCUGAGGAGAAGCCUGUGAAGCUGGAGGUGAAAAAGGAGGAGUCCCCCGGAGAGGGAGGCAAAGGGCUUCCCAUGGAAUCAUCAUCAUCGACGACUAAAACGACGACGACGAUGGUGAGCGUUAAGACGGAAGAUAGGAAACCGGAAAUAAAGACGGAGGUGAAGGAUGAAGAGGAGACGUCGGAUUCAGCUUCAGCUCAGACUGCAGCCAAAAAGAAGAUCUUUAAGCCAGAGGAGCUCCGCCAGGCUCUGAUGCCGACGCUGGAGUCUCUGUACCGACAGGAUCCAGAGUCUCUGCCCUUCAGGAUGCCUGUGGACCCUCUGCUGCUCUGCAUACCUGACUACUUUGAUAUUGUGAAGAAUCCCAUGGACCUAUCUACUAUCAAGCGGAAACUGGAUACAGGUCAGUACCAGGAGCCGUGGCAGUACGUAGACGACAUCUGGGUGAUGUUCAACAACGCCUGGCUCUACAACCGCAAAACAUCUCGAGUCUACAAGUACUGCUCCAAGCUGGCCGAGGUGUUCGAGCAGGAGAUCGACCCGGUGAUGCAGAGCCUCGGAUACUGCUGCGGGAGGAAGCUGGAGUUCUCGCCUCAGACACUUUGCUGCUACGGAAAGCAGCUGUGCACUAUUCCCAGAGACGCUGCUUACUUCAGCUACCAGAACAGAUCAAAAACAUUUGGGCUUAUUGCUAACAGGUACCACUUCUGUGAGAAAUGCUUCAACGAGAUCCAGGGGGACACGGUUUCCCUCGGCGACGAUCCCACCCAGCCUCAGACGUCGAUAAACAAGGAACAGUUUGAGAAGAAGAAAAACGACACACUGGACCCUGAACUGCUGGUUGAAAUGUUUGGACUGCGGCCGCGGAUGCAUCAGAUCUGUGCGCACCAUGAAACCAUCUGGCCCUCGGGUUUUGUAUGUGACGGCUGCUUAAAGAAGACAAACAAGACGAGGAAGGAGAACAAGUAUUCGGCCAAAAGUAAGUGUGGUUCUGGUCUAUAAAACGGCCAUCUUUAGACAUUUGAUUUCAUCAGUUUCUUGUUAUUAUUUUUGGGGCGAGAUGAUGUAUCUUUUAUCAUUAUCUCAGAAUGACCCAUAUGUUUUUUGUAUGAGGCUACUGAUGAUGCUUUUAUCGGGAAAACAGCUUUUUAUAUUCUGUGAUAAUGACAGUUAAUUUGCUGGUGAGCUUGAAGAGAAUCUGUUUCAUAAAAAAAACUAUUAUAAAAAGGAGUAAAUAUAGAACUUUUUUAAUCCAAUCCACUUUAUUUCUAUAGCACAUUUAAAAACAACAGAGUUGACCAAAGUGCUGUACAUCAACAACUGUAUAAAAACAUAGCAUGAAUACAUGAAGAACAGACAGGACAUGAAACAAUGUAAAACACGAGA